AUGGGAGGGGAGGCGGCCUGGAACCCCCUGGCGAGACUAACCGACCCUCUGUGUCCUCUGCUGCAGGGUGGGCCGGUGGAAAUCCUGCCCUUCCUCUACUUGGGCAGCGCUUACCAUGCCUCCCGGAAAGACAUGCUGGAUGCUUUGGGGAUCACGGCAUUGAUCAACGUCUCGGCCAACUGCCCCAACCACUUUGAAGGGCACUACCAGUACAAAAGCAUCCCCGUGGAGGACAACCACAAGGCGGAUAUCAGCUCCUGGUUUAACGAGGCGAUUGAUUUCAUAGACUCUGUUAAAAAUGAUGGAGGAAGGGUAUUUGUGCACUGCCAGGCUGGCAUUUCCCGCUCAGCAACCAUCUGCCUUGCUUAUCUCAUGAGGACCAACAGAGUCAAACUGGAUGAAGCCUUUGAGUUUGUGAAGCAGAGGAGAAGCAUCAUCUCCCCAAACUUCAGCUUCAUGGGGCAGCUGCUUCAGUUUGAGUCGCAGGUCCUUGCCCCCAACUGCUCGGCAGAAGCUGGCAGCCCUGCUAUGUCAGUAUUGGACAGAGGAGCAUCCACCACCACUGUCUUUAACUUCCCAGUCUCCAUCCCUGUUCACACCUCGUCCAGUGCUUUAAGCUAUCUUCAGAGCCCUAUCACCACUUCCCCGAGCUGCUGAAAAGUGGGUGAAAAUACAGUCGGAACUCAGACUUACUGUCUCAAAGUGCAAUAACUACAGGGACAGUGUCACCAGUCACUUGUGUUUUGUGGGGAACCAUCCGGGCAUCUCGGAACAGUGUUGUAAAUGGAGAGGAGCUCGCCCGAUGCCAGAGAACUAGGCGUUACUGACUUUUCAAGCCAAUUAUCUGGAUGUCUACACAGAGAUCAAAGGACACUGUCUCUUCUUGAGCUGUUCCUCCCGGUCUUCUGUCUGUCCUAAGCCUGCUCAUGUUUAGUAGCAUGCUCAUCAGUAUUCCCAUUCCUGGACACUUUGAGCAACACUGAUGCUGUCCCCUUUUAUAUGACAGUCCUAUUUAUUUAUUUUUACAUUAGUGCAUUCGGGUUUUUGCCUUCACAAACCUAAAGUUUCAUUUAUAGAGAAACCAAAUACCUCGUAUUUUUUUGGUACUGUAAUCCUGUGUGUGUAUACAUCUGUCGGCUCUCCUUGUUUCCCAAGCACUGACAUGAAAGCACAAGGCGAGUGCUUUUUUGAGUUG